UGCAACCGUGCACUUGUAUGUCGAUAUUAGGUUCUAUCGGAUUCCGAUUCCUUCAUUCAAAACCAACCGACAAUUAAGCGACGCGAGGAAAAGAUUUUUAAAAAUGAUGCCUCAGGCGAUAUAUUUUGUAAAUGGUGGCCGAGGACGCGGAGCCCCCUACGCCCAAGGUGCCCGAGGACGCAGAGCCCCCUACGCGCAAGGAGCCCACUACGUUCAAGGUGCCCGUGGACGCGGAGCCCCCUACGCCCAAGUUGCCCGUGGAGGUGGAGGGCGUGGAGGUGCCCAAGGAGGGCUAAACAGGAUUAACUGUUAUUCGAAGCCACUGUAGGCAGACGCACACAUAAACAAACGAGUAUCGUUCUAAUUGCUCAAUUUCUUUAUUCCGUCGAAUAUUACCAGCUAUAUAGAACAUUUAGCCAUGCCCAAUUAAUGAAUCAAUUUUCUACUUAACUGACUAAUGUUUAAUACUUGCUUUUAUUGGAUUUUGCUUAAAAAAGGUUUUAGCGAUAAAGGUCAAACAAAUGAAACGUAAUAAAACGUAAGAGAAAAA